AUGUCAAUGUCUUCUGAAGAUGAACCACAUAUUACGGAAGAGCCUACUCCUACAAAGAACAAGAGACAGGCUGUUGCGACCAAAGGAUCUAAAGCAAAGAGAGCAAAAUCUUCAGUAACUGUCAAAUCUAAGUUUGUCAAAGGUGUUAUUGCUCAGCAUCUUCGCACUCGGACUCCGGGCAAAGUCGUUAUCUUCGCCACCACAAUAGAGGGCAGUGGUGAGUCAGAUUCUGGAAUUCCACCAACGGGAACCGGCAAAGCCACGAAGCGGAAACAUGCAACGCCUGCAAUAUCACAUCUCUCUGAGGACACAGAAGCUCCUAUCCCUUCAUUUCUCCUUCGCUGUGAAGCAAAUCGAAAGUUGGUUCUGGAUCCGGCUGAGGAGCGCUACAAAUUUAUGGCAGCGAAGAACUUCAACAACAUGCGGAUCUUGUCUUUCGGUUCUUCGAACUCUUCGGAUUCAGAAGAACUUAUCAUCAACGCUGGAUUACUCUCUACUGUAACAGAGAUGGAGCCCUACACUCCGGAAGUGGUAAGGGAAUUAUAUGCCAACCUUGAAGACAUGGAAAUCAGAGAUGAUGGCUACCAAUGUGUGUAUGUCAGAGGUGCAAUGUACGAGUUCUCCUUAACAAUCAUCAACCAAAUGUUUCAACUACAGGAAUAUGAGUAUGAUCCAGAGUCUAAGGUACCAAGUAUGGAGGACCCCAUUGAACUUGUUGCUGCUGAAUUGUCUCAAGGACACGUCAACAAUUGGGACAUUCUAACUCCUCCUCAGAUGAGUCCUAAGAUGGCCUUUCUCUACAAAAUCUACUUUGAUACAUCUGCAAUAGAAUAUGGGAAGGCCAUGUUACUGAAGGCAAUAGAAUAUGGGAAGAUUAUAGAGAAUUUGAGCAAAGGCAUCUUAGCCACUAUUAACAAGGCUGACAUUGAGUGUUACAUGUCUGUUCCGCUAGAAAACCUGAGCUCCACUAUUAUUGCUUAUAAGGCUUGGGAGUUGGAACACGGCAUUGACCUUGAUAGGGGACCUGGUGGUUUCAGUAAGGUUUCUCCUCAGGUUGCAGAUGCAAACAAGAAGGCCCUGCAGAUGUAUAGUGAACGUGCCUAUCUUGAAGGACAAAUUUCUAAGAAAGAUUUCUGUGACCCAGAAAAGUUUCAGCAACUCAUGUUGUGUAUCCUUUCUCGUACUGUUGAUAUCUAUCAUAAAUAUUGUGUGGGAAUCCUACCCGAGUUGAAGCUAUGUAUGAACAUGCUGUCGUUGAAUAUCUGGUUUCAAGUGAUUUCUGGAUAG